UAAGAACUGGCUUUUAAGCUGAGUGAGAUGGAAUGUUGCCAUAGGCUUUGAGCAGAGGAGUACAUGGCCUACUCUUUCAAAGGAUCGUCCUGACUGCUGGAAUUUGCUCCAAAAUGUGGAGCAAAAAUGGAAACUUCCAAGAUGUGGAUAAGCCCACCCAGGAGGGAAUGGAGAUAGAAUGCUAAAGACUAAGCCCUGGAGCAUGCUAACACUUAGAGACCAGGAGAAAGAGGAAAACACCAACAAAGGAGGAGCAAAAACUGUGGGCAAUAAGGCGGAGCCAAGGGAAAAGGCAUUCUGGGAAGAACUCUGUAAAAUAGUGCCUGCUCUGGUUUGAAUCUGAAAUGUCCUCAACCAGCUCAUGUUUUGGGGACACUUGGCCCCCAGCUGGUGGCACUAUUUUGGGAGGCUGUGGAAACUGUGAAGAGGUUGGGCAGAAGAAGAUCACAAGAGGCAGGACUUUGAAGGUUAUGGCUCAGAGCUUGCCUCUGGCUCUGCACUCAGCUUCCUGUUUGCUGAAGUAUGAGCAGUGGUCUUCUGCCACAUAUUCCUCUGAGGCUGUGGUGUCCUGCCCACCCACAUGGGACCAAGCAACUAUGGUCUGAACCCUCUGAACCAGGAGCUAAAUGAAACCUUUCCUCUUUACACUGUUUCUGAUAUUUAGGUCAUAAAAACAAAAGUAACCAAAUGUGUCUCAAGGCACAAUGGGGGCCUACAAAAGGAGUAAAACCAAAAGGACUACUCCACAAACAUGGCCCCUGGAAUGCCCAGUGGACAGAACCUGGUGACCUUUCCUUUAGAGAACAAUGAGGCCUGGGCCUUCUGAGGACUCCUAUUGGUGGAGAGAUGUGAAUUUCCUCUCCCCAGAGCGACAGGCUGGGUGCCAAGGCUGACUGACCUCUAUGGAUUCUCAGAAGGAGGACCUGAGCCUUCCUGGCAUGUGGAUCUCCUUGUGCGUUGGAUUCCUGGGGCUGUGUUCCUCGCUAAUAGGCAGCUGCAUUCUCUUUCUGCACUGGAAGAAGAACUUGCAGAGAGAAGAACAUGCCCAGCAGUGGGUGGAAGUGAUGAGAGCUGCCAUGUUCGCCUACAGCCCACUGUUGUACUGGAUAAACAAGCGCUGUCACCAUGGCAUGAACGCAGCCAUCAACACUGGCCCUCCCCCUGCUGUCACCAAGACGGGGACCCAAGUUCAGAAUCCAGAUUCUCUGUGGGAGCUGAAUCUCUCUGAAGGCGGAAACUAUGUUGUGCGAGACAGCAGUCCCAGGGGAGAAGCCUCCAGUCCCUCGAAACAUGUUCUGGUGGUCCCCAAACAGCCCCGGUCUUCAACAAUGCCACAGCCUUGGACUGACUCCUCACCCCCAAUUCCCAUUUUUCAGGAGGUGCCCUUUGCCUUGUCCCUCUGCAACCUACCUCCCAUGCUGAACCACUCUGUCUCCUACCCUUUGGCCAACUGUCCUGAAAAGAAUGUUCAUUUCUCUUCCCUCCCCAAACUGGCCCACGGAACAAACUGCUUUAAUGCCAAGCCCUUUGCUUCUGAACUGUAGUCUCCUCUCAUUGAGGGAGGGAGCUGCAGGUACCAAGGCUCCUUUUGGUGGAAAACAGAGAUACCCUCAAGGAGUUGGUUAUUGACAAGGCUAGAACUAUCUGGACAUUACAUCAUGAAAGAUUAAAAAAAAAAAGGGUCUAA